GUGUUACGUAUAUCCGGCGAGUAGCUGGCGGUUUCGGUUGCUGCUGGGCUGUGUGGUGUGAGGGAGGGUCGAAGCCGCCGCUGCUGCCGGAGGAGCCCCUCGGCCGUAGGAAGCAUUAAUAAUGUCUUUCAUCUUUGAGUGGAUCUACAAUGGCUUCAGCAGUGUGCUCCAGUUCCUAGGGCUUUACAAGAAAUCUGGAAAACUUGUAUUUUUGGGUUUGGACAAUGCAGGCAAAACCACUCUUCUACACAUGCUCAAAGAUGACCGCUUGGGCCAGCAUGUUCCAACACUACAUCCGACCUCAGAAGAGUUGACAAUUGCUGGAAUGACUUUUACAACUUUUGAUCUUGGUGGGCAUGAGCAAGCACGCCGGGUUUGGAAAAAUUAUCUCCCAGCAAUUAAUGGGAUUGUCUUUCUGGUGGACUGUGCAGAUCACCCUCGCCUCAUGGAAUCCAAAGUUGAGCUGAAUGCUCUAAUGACUGAUGAAACAAUAUCCAACGUGCCAAUCCUUAUCUUGGGUAACAAGAUCGACAGAACGGAUGCCAUCAGUGAAGAAAAACUGCGUGAGAUAUUUGGGCUUUAUGGACAGACCACAGGAAAGGGGAACGUGACCCUGAAGGAGCUGAAUGCCCGCCCCAUGGAAGUGUUCAUGUGCAGCGUGCUCAAGAGGCAAGGCUACGGCGAGGGCUUCCGCUGGCUCUCCCAGUAUAUUGACUGAUGUUUGGACAGUGAAAAUAAAAGAGUUUUACUUCUCUGGACUGAUCCCAUUCCCAGCUUCCUCAUGAACUUUUCUAAUAGAACAAGGAAAGCUCUUCAACCGUGUGUGGCGUUGAGAAGCCAAGAGUCUCUGCCUGCCCUCUCAUCGCCCAGUGGUGACAUGUGCUUUCUCCACACUAUUGGGAGGUGACGCUGCCCCACAUGCCAGUGCAGGUCAGCGUCCCGGGACUCGGAAGCUGGCAGGAUCUGCUGGGUAAAGCUGUAUGCCAUCAUGGGGCACCUGAAAGAAAAACACGUCUCACCACUGUGGUUGAUUUCAAAAGAAAGUGAUUCUAUUUUUUAAAGAAAGCGUUGUUAAUGUAAUUGGUGUCCCUCUUCACUUUUUGAGUUCAGAAUUUACUUGGUCCAGAGUUUUCUAUUCUUCUUUUUUUUUUUUUUGUUUUUUCCUCCUCGUGAUCUAGUGAAUGGCAUUUAGAGACUUCAUAAAAUUAUGCACCAAAACACGUCGGAGGCCAGAGCUCAGUCAGGUGAACUCACUUGUGUUGAGAUAACAGGUUAGUGAGAGAAGCCCCCCCACCCCCGCCCCGCCCCAUGUCUCUGCCUGCCUUGUUGCGGUGGGCACCACCUUCUGCGCAGAGAAGUGGGAAAGGGCGGAACUUGGGCCUGGCAGUUGCAGGAGGUGUCCGCUGUGGCCAGCCAGGCCCCUUCCUCGUCGGGGCGUGUACAGCAGGUUGCUCACUGUGGAGGGGUUAAUUAUAGAGCGGUUAUUUUCUUAUUUUACUUACAGAGUUGCAAACCGCAGCCGGUCUUUGCUUUUGCUUUGCUUUUAUACUGUUGGGAAACUUCAUUUCUCUUCAUACACCUGUUUGAUGUUCAGUUAUAAGAAAUGACGUUUGCCUCCUAAAAGAGAACACCUCCCGAAUUGCCCUACACCGCAGGUGUGUGUCUGUUACUUUUGCACAGAUUCUAGGGAAGAAUUUUCUGCAUCAGUGAAUCGCAGAGGACAAAGUUAGCCACUGAAGGGCUCUUAAUUCUGUGAGUUGAGAACUUAAAAAAUCUGCUAUUUGUAUCAUUUGUUUGGAUCCAGGAAAGAUUUAUUUAAUGGGCUUUAAAAUCUUCACUUGCAGGAUUUAGUCUCUAUUGGACUGUUCGUGAGCUCUUUUUAUCGAUUACCUGUUUUUUUGGUGUUUAAAGGUUAACAUCUGUAGCUAGAUGAUUUUUUUUUUUUUUUUUUUU